AAAGCCCAGCGGCACCCAUUCCUUCUUCAAAAGGAGCCGCAGGAGUCACCUUUUCCAGCUCCUUUUCCACUGUUCCCCCACAGGUGCUUCCUUUCCCCCAAGCAUCCUGGCAUGGCGAAUGUACCGAACAGUGUAAGCCAGCUUCGCUGGAUUUCGUAAGAAUGAGCGCACAUUUGAACCUAGAGUUUCCAACGGCAAAGCUUCCAGAGCGACGGUCACAAAGACACAAACAGCCGAAGAAUCUACAAUCUAUUGUCAAGCAAGCACCUCUAGCAACACAAAGAUAAAGCACCAUGGCCGAAGACGAAGAAGAGGACAAGAAGAAAAAGAAGAAGAAGGCCAAAGCCAAGACCGGAAAAUCCAAGCUUGGGGGCAGUAGUGAGCACGCGGAAUUGACCUAUGAAGAAGUUUGCAAGAAGGACAUGACCUUUGUCGAUGGGCUGAUCAAUAGUCGGGAUCCAAUUUCGACCGAAGAGGAUGACUUUGUCGAUUGGAUUCUCAAUAGACCAGACGGCAGAGCCAUGUACGACAAGUACAAGGGUGGAGCGGGCAAGUGUGGUGUUGUCAAAUGCGUGAUUCAAUAGUGAUUGCCCUGAAUGACUGUGGCAUACCGAAGUGGAGCCUUCCGCACUAUUUCGGCUCAUCGUCCCCUGAUACAUAUGUACAAGCGUACCCCGGCACUCGCAAUAAUCCGCAGUCCACAAUGAAGUUAGAUUGAUGAAAAAAUGUAGCUGAAGACCCUGAAUUCUUUGUCCAACGAUGUAAAGCUAAUAAAUGUUAACUUU